AUGUUCGCCAUGAAUAGCACAACAUGGAAGAAGCUAAUGAGUGGAGGCAACAUUAUGAUGAUGCUUCCCAAAAUCUUUCUGAGGCUGUGGAAAGAGGAAGAGGUUGCUAAGAAGCCCCUAGACCAUGGAGGAGGAGGUCUACCUCACAUCGAAACUCUUCAUUCUAGUGAUCCCUUGAGCCUCCAAAAUAACUAUGGGACCAUGGGAGAGGCAGAUAACCUACCUGCGGAGUUGAUGCCACUUGAAAAUUCUCCAUUGGAGGUUGUUGCAAUAAUUGUGGUUAGCAAGAAUAUGGGCGCACCCCCUUCCAUCCACGCUCACAAUGCACAUACCCACAAUCUGCCCCUGCUUUUCUAG